AGUAGCUAAAAACCACAGCUAAACCGGAAGUGUUCACCAAACGGUUAAAAGCCCCUUGAUAAAGGCUAGCGUAAGGUUAGCCGGUUCCGUCAUUGUGCAGGGAUGGAGAUUACUCGCAGAAAUUUUAAAGACUGUUUAAGCACAGUAUACAGCGCGAUAGACGAAGCGGACUUUCUUGCCAUCGAUGGAGAAUUUUCAGGGAUAAGCGACGGUCCUAAUGUUAGUGCACUAACCAACGGGCUUGACACACCAGAGGAAAGAUACACAAAGCUAAAAAAGCAUUCUAUGGACUUUCUUAUGUUCCAGUUUGGAUUGUGUACAUUUAAGUAUGACCAGACAAAGUCAAAGUAUAUCACAAAGACUUUUAACUUUUAUAUAUUCCCCAAACCAUUUAAUAGGACCUCUCCAGACAUCAAAUUCAUCUGUCAAAGUUCCAGCAUCGACUUCCUCGCCAGUCAGGGAUUUGAUUUCAACAAGGUUUUCUGUCACGGAAUCCCGUAUCUAAAUCAAGAUGAGGAAGCUUGCCUGCGAGAGCAGACGGAGGAAAGGAGGAAUCAGCAUGCUAACGGUUUAGGGACGCCGUCCUUUAUCUCGCCAUCCUCGAAAACUCCUGCAAAUGUACCUGAUGAACAGAAGGACUUCAUUAACAAAGUGGUGGAGAAGGUUGAGUUGCUCUUCAGUGCCGACGAGAAGACUUUAAACUUGGAGCCGUGCACUGGAUUCCAGAGGAAACUGAUUUACCAAAUGCUGAGCUGGAAGUUUCCCAAAGGUCUCCAUGUGGAAACAUUAGAAACAGACAAGAAGGAGCGAUACAUUCAGAUUAGUAAAGUUGACGACAAGGAGAGGAAGAAGAGGGAACAGCAGAAACUGGAGAGGGAGCAGGAGGAGCUAAAUGAUGCUGUGGGCUUUUCCAGAGUGAUCCAUGCCAUUUCUAAAUCUGGUAAACUUGUGGUUGGACACAACAUGCUUUUGGAUGUGAUGCACACAAUCCACCAGUUCUACUGCUCUCUGCCAGAGGAUCUUCAAGAUUUUAAAGAAGUUACAAUGUGUGUUUUCCCAAGACUUUUAGACACAAAGCUGAUGGCGUCCACUCAGCCUUUUAAGGAGUUGAUCAAUAACACAUCUCUGGCUGAGCUGGAGAAACAAGUCAAAGAGAGCCCCUUCAAGCCACCACAAGUUGAAGCUGCAGAGGGUUUCCCCAGUUAUGACACAGCCCAGGAGCAGCUCCACGAGGCGGGAUACGACGCCUACAUUACCGGUCUGUGUUUCAUCUCCAUGGCCAACCAUCUGGGUUCAUUCUUGACUCCACCCAAGGCUUACAUCUCUGCCAAGUCCAAACUCAUUGAACCAUUUGUUAACAAGCUAUUCCUGAUGAGAAUCAUUGACAUACCCUACCUCAACAUCACAGGACCAGAUUUGCAACCCAAAAGAGACCACGUCCUUUAUGUCACCUUCCCUAAAGAGUGGAAGACGAGUGACCUCUACCAGCUCUUCAGUGCCUUUGGUAACAUCCAGGUGUCUUGGAUAGAUGACACCUCAGCCUUCGUGUCCCUCAGUCAGACGGACCAGGUGCAGAUAGCUAUGAACACCAGCCGCUAUGCAGAGAGCUACAGGAUCCAGACGUAUGCAGAGUACAUCCAGGGUAAACAACAGAAGGAGAAGCUCGGCCAGACAACCAAAUCCUGGGGGGAGGACGGAUGGAUGAAACCUCACUUCUCCUCCUCUACCACUUCUGCUGGGUUUGUUUAUCCCAGAAGAAAACGCAGCAUCAGUCCUGUUCAGGGAGAUCUGGGAACAGAAGCAGCUCCAGUUCCAGAUCCUUGGAAUAACUACUCAUUCCCAGAUGACACAGUCAGCAAGAAGAUAAAAUUUGAUGAGCUCAGUGGACAAGCAAACGUCGACGCUGUUGAGAGUAAAACAUCAGAAGGAUGGCUAAAGAUAACAGAAUCUUCAAAUUCACCCGACUUGAGUCAUGUCACUGAUGAAAAGAGUCCUGAGGGCACAGAUCCAGACAAAUGUGUUGAUGGGACGGGCACCUGGCAUCAAACCCCAACGGCACCAACGAGGAAAGGUCAAAAGAACAAGAAAAAGAAGACUGAGGCAACAGAGUCUACAACCUCCCUGUUUGAUGUCCCAGAAGUCUGGUAGCGAGGCGAGGAGCAGCGAGGCCACCGUCUAGUCCUGGGCUCCUGCUCCAGGUCUCUCUGUAAGCACUUGGAAUGCUCUCCUUUCUGGUCGUACGUACGGCACUGAGAGUGCUAAAUUCAUUCACUCGCUCACUGCUGAGGAUAAAGUGUCAAAACUACCAGCCAAGCUAUUUGUCUACUGAAAGAGAACAUAAGCCAUAACAACAGCUGCCAUAUGCUGAUGACGUAUCAGAGGAGCAGGCACCUCCUCUGGAUUAGCGUCUAUGUAAAACUCACUGUAGAGCUCAAAUCUAAGCUACAGGAUUCCUCACUCAUUCACCACACGAUCACCACGGCCAUGCUGUCACUUUAAAUUCAUCCAGAAGUUUUAACGACCAUCAUCUUUAAUCAGUCUUAUCUAACGUGAGUUGUGUGUAAGGUUUUGUGCAUGUGAGGAGAAAUGUAACCGGUUUUUCCAAGUGUUUGUGUCCCUGUGAAUACGUUUACUAAAACGAGAUCAAAAGCCACAGGUCCUGUACGAUGUUUGGGUUAUUUAGAAUUUUAUUGCUGUCAUUUAGUUUUUGGUCUUGCUUUUUAAACCGAGUUGUGGACUUCUCCAGUUUUAUUAGACGUGUACGCUGAUCAAUGAUAAUGUGACAUUCAUUGUUGGUGGCAUUUUCACCCUUCCUGAGAGGUGCUUGUUUUUGUACAGAACAUUUAUUGUCCUUUUCUGUGUUUGAUGUUUUUGUAUUCGUGUCAACCUGCGAUGUUCAUUCUGUAAUGCAAAAUGUGUAAACUUGAAGACACGUUAUUUUGUAUGAGUUUAAAAAUCCUUAUUUCCUUUUAAAAGGGGAAAAAUUAAAGAUUGUUUCUUAGUAA